AUGAGUUUAGAGUUCAUCAACACAGAAGAUUUUAUAAGUGAAGUGGAAAGUCGUCCCUUUAUUUGGGAUAUGAAAAGCGACGACUACAGUAACAAAGUCAUGAAAAUGAAAGCGUGGCAAGAAAUUAUUACGAAGUUUGUGCCUGAUUUCGAUGAAAAGAGCAUAGAUGAAAGAAACAAAAUUGGGACAAUCCUUCAAAGGAAAUGGAAGAGCUUAAGGGCCAGUUAUACCAGAGGGUUAUUAAGGCAAAAAACAGAAAAGAGUGGUUAUGCAGCAACUGGUAGGAAGAAGUAUAUCUACUUCGAUCCGCUGCGAUUCCUAACAACUGACUGUAAGAACACUACUUCUAGUAUUGACAGUGAUGAUGAUGAAGACAGAAAUGAGUUUGAUGAAGGAGAAAAUUUAGAGCAGGAGGCACGCGAAUAA